AGAAAACAACACAUUUGGUUUUAAAUCAUCUCCCGAUCCAGGGUGUUGGUGUAACUGGAGAAACGUACAACAGAACUACACACAGAAAGUUGGGGAAAUAGAGUUCUCCCUACGAUCACACAACGGGGAUGGCUGGUUCUAUUGGAUACCACCCUUAUGCGGCGCCCCUGGGCACCUACCCUUACGGUGACCCCGCAUACCGCAAGAACGCAACGCGGGACGCCACCGCCACCCUGAAGGCUUGGCUCAACGAGCACCGAAAGAACCCAUAUCCAACUAAAGGGGAGAAGAUCAUGCUGGCCAUCAUCACCAAAAUGACCCUCACACAAGUGUCCACCUGGUUCGCUAACGCCAGGAGGAGGCUAAAGAAGGAGAACAAGAUGACCUGGACCCCUCGGAACCGGAGCGAGGACGAGGAGGAGGACGAGAACAUCGACUUGGAGAAAAAUGACGACGACGAGCCAAACAAGCCUCUUGACAAGGGGGACUCCACAGACACGGAGGCAGAUCACAAACUACUGAACCCAGGGGACACUGGCUGCGACAGAUUUAAAGAAGAGAGUCACGGUAAAGAGACGGAUCCCCUCCUGAGCGACUCGGAGUUAAAAGAGCAGGAGGAGCGGACUACGGAGCUGCUGCCGGAUUCCGCCAAGCCGACCACCUCGUCUCCACCAGCGGUGCCCCGGGGGAACCAGGCSGGCGCGACGCAGGACAAACCGUCCGAUUUGAGCCACCCGCAGAAUACGGUGACCAGCAACGUGACCUCYGUUAUCCACUCGCCCCCUUCAGCCCCUAAACCCAAACUUUGGUCUCUGGCGGAGAUCGCGACGUCUUCAGACAGGUGUAAGGGGAGCGGCGAGGCGCAGCAGGCGUGCCCCGGCUUGGGYCAGAGCGCAGUGCUGGGCACCAACGCCUCUCCGUCCCGGUCCUCCCCCCAGUGCCCGCUCCCCAACAGCACGGUCCUAUCCAGGCCUCUGUACUACACCUCCCCUUUCUACCCCGGCUACACGAACUAUGGUGGCAGCUUUGGACCCCUUCACAGUAACCACGGCUCGGUGACCACGGGCUCCACGGCACAUUUCAAUGGAUUAAACCAGACUGUGUUAAAUAGAGCAGAGGCCUUGGUAAGGGAGAGCCAGAAAGUCAGAGGCCAAACGCAGGUAGAUCUUUGUAAAGACUCCCCUUAUGAACUAAAGAAAGGUAUGUCAAAUAUUUAAUACCUGAAUAUUUUCCACUUCACCACGGACUUCUAUUUAUUUUAUUUUUUUUGUGGUUGCAUAAAAAAAAAAAAAACAAGAAAAAAAAAAAACGAACAAGAAGAAUGCUGAAGCAAAUUCUGAGAAUAUGGUUAUUUUCUGAGUAAAUGCUUAUCUUCAAAAGAAUUUUUAGUUUCUGAAUGGUUAAUCCUAAAAACAAAAAAUGUAACAAGAAUGGUCUUAAUUGCUGCAGCCGCCUAUUUGUAUGAAAGACUAACAUGUAUAUUUAAUGUAGCUUUUUGUAUUUAAAAUGGACAACACGCUAUCUUUGAAGUAAAUUAUGGAGAAAAAAAACUA